AGUGGUGGUGAUUUUUGGGCGUUAGAUCAUGUGCGAAUAAAUCUAUGUUGUGAACCAUGUGAAAUAUCAUUAUUGUGGUGUUUGUGGUAUACUAAAAGUGCUGCCGGCACAAGGCGAAUAAAUGCUACAGAAAAUGGUGCACAGGAAAGAAAGUUUGUUGGUGGAUCACAACAGAUCAGCAUUAAAAUGGCUCAAAAGAUUGGUAAAGAUCAUGUAUUAUUAGAAAGACCUGUUAGUAAAAUAGAACAAAAAGAAAAAGAUGUUAUAGUAUAUGAUCUUAAUGGUAAUACUUAUACAGGAAAAUAUGUAAUUAUAGCAGCUCCAUUACCUUUACAAAAUAAAAUAGUUUAUGAACCACCUUUACCAGGGUUACGUAAUCAGUUAAUACAGAGAUUACCCAUGGGUUCAGUUAUAAAAACAUUUAUGUAUUAUAAAACACCCUUUUGGAGGGAAAAAGGCUUAUGUGGUUCAGCAGCUAUAGAUGAUGAUGGUGCACCUAUUGGUUUUACGUUAGAUCAUGUUCAUCAUGAUGGUUCUCAUCCAGCUCUCAUGGGGUUCAUAUUAGCUGAUAAAGCUAGAAAAUAUAUAGAUAUGACUAAAGAACAAAGAAAAAUUAAAAUUGCUCAGCUCUAUGCUAAAGUCUUUGAAUGUGAAGAAGGUUUACAUCCAGUACAUUAUGAAGAAAAGAAUUGGAUGGAAGAACAAUGGUCAGGCGGUUGCUACACAGCCAUGAUGCCACCAGGUUUUAUCACUAAUUUUGGAAAGGAAAUACGACGUCCAAUAGGUAAAUUAUAUUUUGCCGGAACAGAAACAGCUACUCAAUGGUCAGGUUAUAUGGAAGGUGCUAUACAAGCUGGAGAGAGAGCAGCAAGAGAGAUACUACAUACAUUAGGAAGGUUACCGUAUGAUCAGAUAAAUCAAGAUGAACCUCAAGAUGUGGAAGUGAAACCCAGACCAUUCAAUCGUUCAUUUUGGGAAAAGAAUGCACCAUCAGUCCCUGGCUUCCUGCGUCUGAUGACGUUUGGGACUGUGUUGUCCAUAGCAGGAGCUGGUGCUGUUUAUUAUCAUAAAUAUAUCAAAUAAUUAUUUUUAAUAAUAAUUAAAAAUAAUCAAUUAAUUAAUUAUUUUUAAUCAUUAAAAUGAAUUAAACAGAUGUGACCUGUGGUAUUCUUACCAUGGUUAAUAUUUAGACCAUCUAAAAGAAUUGUAUGUUUCUUAAACAGUAGGACGUUAAACCCCAUUUGAUUGAUUCUUGGACCCCACCUAUUAAUGCCAUUGUGUGUUCCAUUUUAUCAACAAUUUUAAUGUUUAAUUGGGCCUUAUACAUACCUAAAGUGCGUACUGAGGACAUUUAUUGAAUUUUAUUGUUUAAAUUCAAAGCUAACCAAAAAUGUACCAGUAAUAAAAAAGAAAAUCAGGCUUGGACAAUUUAAAAACAGAAAAAAGGUUCUUACCUGCCUUGCCUAUUUUUCAAAAUUGUCUGAGAAACAUGUCACUUUUUUUUAGAUGGCCUUACAUAUCCCUGUUUUUCUUAAUUCAUACUGGCAUUAUUAAUUAUGUACUUAUGUUCAAAGAUCGAAGUGUUUGUAUUUACUUCCCCUAAAAAUCUAAAAAAUGGGGAUGUAUGAUUAUUAAAGUAUAAUAAUAAAAAUGUAAUAAUGGUAUCUAGUGUAAUAGAACGAGUAAGAUAUCAGGUGUUCUGCAUUGAUCUAAGUUGUUAAAUUUUCUUUUAAUGUAAUGAUUAUGAGAGUUGAAAGUAUUAUUAUUUUUUUAUGAAUAGUUGUUAUAACUGAUCUCUUGAAUGUUUCUCUGUUGUAAGUUUCUUUUACAGUAUAUGAUUAUGCGAUUAUUAUGAUUAACAUAGUAAAAUAUGAUUAUGAGAUUAUUAACUGUAUACAAACGGUUACAGGUUUGAAACAUGACGUUUUACCCCACCUCCAAGUCUUAUUGACUGGAAUUUAAUUAUCAGUGCUCUAAUGACCAUUUUCUGACUGGCCACCAAAUGAGGUACAAAAUGCAAAUAUAUGAUAACUAGCUAGACCUUGUUAUGGAAAUAAAUUUGUGUUAAGAAAUAUAGGAUCAUUAGUAUUUUGUUUAAUAAUAAAUGUACACACCAAUCUGUAUAAUAUUUCAUCAGAUCAUAAUAAUAAUUGUAUUAUAAUAAGUGUAGUCUUUGUAACAAACAUCUAUAUUUCUAAUAUUUUAUAUGAAUUCUUAUUUUUGAUGGUGUUGUUUAAAAUAGUGAGAUGUACUGUGUAUGAAGGGGUGGUGUGCUAAGGUUUUUUUUUAAUUAUUAUUGCAACUUUUUUUUAUACGCCUACAUUUAAUGUGGACGUAUAUUGUCAUUUCCGUCUGUCCAUCCACAAUUUGUUUGUGGACACGUACUCUACAGGUAACAAUUCUUAUCCGAUUUUGACGAAACUUGAAAUAUAGGUUUAUCUCCAAAAGAUCUUGGUUCCUUUCGAUAUUGGCAUAUAUCGGAUAGAAACUUCAUGGAUUAUGGCCCCUGAUUGUACAAAAAAUCACGUUUUUAGCUUGUGGACUCUAGAGGUCAUAAUGUUCAUCUGAUUUUGAUGAAAAUUGAAAUGCAUGUUUAUAACCCAUAGAUCUUGGUUGCUUUCGAUAUUCGUGCAUAUCGGAACAUAACUUCCUGAAUUAUGGCCCCUGAUUGUACGAAAAAUCGUUUUAUUAGCUUGUGGUCCCUCUAGAGAUCACAAUUAUUAUCCGAUUUAAAAAACGUAGGAAUAUAUCACCUUAACACUGUAAAGUUGGUUGAGUUUGAAUUUCGUGAAAGUGGGACCAAAACUGCUGGACAAAAUGGCCACUCCUCGUACGCAAACAGUGUAAAAAUAUGGUAUGUCAAGGUUGUGGACACUCUAGAGGUCACAAUUGUGAUCCGAUUUUGAUGAAACUUGAAAUGCAUGUUUAUAACCCAAAGAUCUCGGUUCAUUUCGAUAUUCGUGCAUAUCGGACCAUAUCUUCCUGAAUUAUGGCCCCUGAUUGUACAAAAAAUCACAUUAAUUUUUUAAGCUUUUUCUCUGUCCAUCUCUUGCAAAAUGUGGGCUUAUCUUGCAUGGCAACCGCUUGUUUUCUUUUAAAAUUUUGCACCUGCUAAGAAUUUUUGGCUCGCCUGGUAGGCACCCACCCCAACACACUACAACACUGACUAUGGUUAAUAGUAUGAUUUAAAUAACGUUGUCACCAUUUGAUUUUAUACUGGAGCAGGUUUUUUUUAUUAUUGUACAAUCUAAGGAUAUUGUUUUCUAAGAUAUGUUUAUUAUUGUGGAUUUACAUCAUUUGUCAUGUAGAUAAUCUAUGAUUAGAUUUGUUAGAUUUAAUAUAAUUGUUAUAAUAAUAUUGUUUGAUCAGAAUACUUUGUCUUUUUUUUCAAGCAUGUUUCCUUCCUGUACUUUGGUCCUUUCCAUACCAUCGCCACAACUUCAUUCCGUGAUGACCAUUAUUUAUGAGUAGUAUUCCAUAAUUAUUGAUUAAAAAAUAGAAAAUAA